AUGCAAAUCCUCGCGAUGCAACUCCUCUUUCUGCUGCCGAAUGGAGGCGUGGCCGUCUGCAACAACAGCAGGUACGGCACGUUGGCGGGCGACCCGUUCCGCAAGGCUAUUCAUCACGACAAUCAGCUGCUCCGUACAAAUACUGUCGAUGACGACCUCGACCCCGUGUGGACAAGUGGCAAGUGCUCCGGCUACUUUUCCGCGGCGGACAUAAGUGAGGGCGGACCCGCUCUCACCGCCGUCACGUCCGUCCCGACGACCUCCAAGCUCAGCGGCGCCUACGCCGAGCUCGCCUCCUUUGUCGAGACUUCCGGCGCGACCAAGAUCGGCGACCCCUCACCUGAGGCGAGCUUCACGACCGUCACGGCCCUCUCUGCGGCCUCUCUGCUCUUUCUCCAUCCUUGUGCAGCCGUGCUAGCGCUGCUCGCGGCGUGCCGCGGGCUGGUGCGCAGGCUGCAGGUGAAGAAGAAGAGGGACGCGAGUGGCUCACAAGCGGCGCCACCGUCCGCACCCCCGAUCGCGCCCCCACUAAUCGCGCCGCCGUCCCUACCGGCAUGCCCGUUCGGCGACGUCUGCACCAGCGGCCCGUGCUUGAUCACCGACGGCGGCUCGUGCGCCACCUCGCCCGACUUCCCGAACGACUACCCGGUCAACGAGGGCUGCAUCAUCUACGGCCUGCCGCAGGCCGGGCUGGACGUGAUCGCCUUUGACGUGGAGUUUGGGGGGUUGACGUAUGAGGGGUACUGCCCCUACGACUACCUCAUCGUCAACGGCGUCAGCUACUGCGGCACCUCGGGCCCGGCCGGGGUCGUGCCGUCGGAUGGCAACAUCACGUGGGGGGAGGCGUUCGACGGGCUGCGUAAUGCGACGCAUUUGGACUGGCAAGUGACGUACACGCACCGUGGUUACGUAUUCCCGAAAGGGCGUGAUGUGAUGCGUAUGCAUAUGGGCCUCCGUGCAUAUGCGUAG